AUGUGGUGGCUCGGGCAGCAGCUCUCUCCCCAGGCUGGCCUCCUUGACGUGGUAGGCAUGACUUUCUUGACGAUAGCGAGGGCGGAAUAUUGUUUCAAUGCCGCCCUCGACCAAGCAGCACUGUACCUGCAUGUCCACGGGUUGCUCCAAGGGCGGACCCGGGUUACCACCCCCACGAUCUGCUGCGCGAAGCAGGAAGCCAAGGACAGGGGAGAGCCCCGCCAAACCCGCCCAAGCAAAGCCACUCCAGAUACGACACGACACGGACAUCGCCUGGUUGACAUGCGGCAGCCAAUCUGCGUGGCAGACCGCGUGUCGUGA